UGGCUGGCGAUUGCCCAUCAGCGAUGCCAUCCAGUGGAGUGGAGAGUGCAAGGGCUUGUGUUUGUGCUGUGCACGGAUUGAAUCCGCUGUGCUUUAUUUUUGCGUCAGGAUUCAGGAAUCCGAGAACCAGGGCAUCCCGCAUGUCACACGCGCGGUCUCCUAGCAGCGUCGCUCCACGAAUACUAAUCCUUAGUAACGACCUACCGACGGACUGACAAGCCGCUCGAGGCGUUGACUAGAUUGGUCGUUCAAGAUGUUUGUCGUGAGCGUAGAAUCCGGAACGAAAGACUGCGACCAGCAGUCCCUCCGUUGGGCGCGACGCGAGUCCCCCCCUUUUCUUUUACGAUGGGUCGAAAAUGUCCGGGUCAUAGAACGGCCAAUUUCAAGCAUCAGUUUGGUCGCUUGCGGCAGAGGGAGGGAGGCGAAAUAACCGGUUUAGGCCUCCUGAUUGCAACGGUCGCAUUCGUUUUCGCACGGCUGAACGACCAGCAGCACAGAAGUCGCUUGCAAUCAUUCACUCCGACUCCGAGCAUUCCCUUCCAGCAAUAGUAGUAUUCGCGGUGACUUUUGAGUCGACUCAAAAGUCAACUUUCGAGGGUCUCAUUUCAGAAACGUCAGAGCCCAGUUUUGAGGCGCCUCAAAACUAGACGCCUUUCAAGGGUCUCAUUUCGGAAUGUCAGUGCCCCCCAGCACGAAUUGAUCGCAGUAGCAGUACUAGUACCGUGGUACCAGACCAGACGCUUCAUCAUAUUCCGCCAGAUUCGCAGCCGUCCUGAGGAGUCGGAACCACUCGCGUUUCUGUUCUUUCUGAGAAGCAUUUGAUCCUAGCCCAAGCAUCAUCUCGUGCUCUCAUUAGUUAGAGGCCUCGAUAAUGGAGGCCGCCGGUUCUCGCGCGGACUGUGACUAUAUCGAGCUCGGCCUCCCCGGAUCGGUGCUGUACCGGGGCUUUCUCCUGUCGGACCCUCCCGCCGCCGCUGGGUUACCCCUCGCCUCCGCGCUUGACGAGUUAUCCGCGGGUAUUUCCACUUAUUUCGUCACUCCCGCCGCUGCGCGACGAGAGCAGCAGGAGGAUACUACCGUUCUCCACCCUCUUUCUGUGUGGAACGACGUUCCGAUUCGUGCUACUACUAGCACUACUACUAGUGGUAUUGGCGGCUUCGCGAGCCGAGGCUUUCAAGGCUCGAGUUUGAAUCGAGGGGAUGAUUUUCGCAUCGAAACGGCGGAUCUGGACGGGCUUAUGGCGGGCGAGAGCAUUCGGAUGGUCUGCUGCACGCCGCGUAACUCCUGGGUGCAGAUCGAGGCUGCUUAUGACGAGACGUAUCACCCUCUUCGCGUGCGCCAAGUCGACGGCUUGCCCGCUCAUUACAGUCACAAUCUCAAGUGGAACCUCGGGGUUUUGCCGCAGACGUGCUCCUGCCGCCACGGCGACGAGGUUGGAGGCGAUUCGCAGACUGGAUCUGGCGAUGAGCUGUGCGACAAGUCAGGCGACAAGGCAGGCAACACGGCGACAUGCGCGAACACGUGCGACAGAACAGGCGACAAGGCAUGCGAUAAGGCAUGCGACAAGCACGCGGCGUUAGAGGUGAUCGAGAUUGGGCGGGGCGAGGCUCGAGUGGGGGAGGUGUAUCCGGUGAAGCCUCUACUCGCGUUCCUCGUCGUCGAUCCAGAUCUCAAGUCCUCCUGGAAGAUCGUGGCCGUUAAUUCGUCGUAUCCGACGGCUGAGAUGCUUCAGGACUCGCGAGCUGGUAACCCGGUUUGGUUGGAGACGAAGCUGGGCGAAAUCGUGGAGUGGCUCAAGUACUACAAGUGUAACACCGUCUUCGAUCUGCCCAGCACCAUCGCCUUCCGCCAGAAGCCAGUCCCCUUGCAUCGCACCAUGGCUGUUAUCAACGCCGCCCAUGCUGCCUGGAAACACUGCCAGGGCACCACCAGCAGCAGCAGUACCAGCAGCAGCAGUAGCAGCAGCAGCAUCCCCAGGGAGGGCAUAUCACUGCAGGCUUUGAGGCAGCUUGCAGAGCGAACUGCCUCCGCCGCUCUCUCCAACGCUAUUGCUGAAUUCGCCCGGGUGCCCUUCGCCGAACCUGGCUCCGAACCUGCUGCUGCUGCUGCUGCCGAGCGUGCGGGCCAGCAGGCUCGGAAGCAAGGCGGGUUCCGAAGGUCAGGUUCGGAUCCGGGCAGGUUUGGCAUGAGAAAAAAGGACAUCCGGAUUCGAAUCGACGAUCAACCGGAUGAAACGGACGGUGAGGAUGAGAGAGGAGAUUGGGGGAGAGGAGAAGAGGAGGAAGACGCAGACCGCCUUAACGAGCAGCAGCAGCAGCAGCAGCAGCAGCAGCAGCAGCAGCAGGGAGGGUUGGCCCGUCUGAAAGAGAAAUGGCAGCAGCAGCGGCAGCAGCAACAACCGCAGCAGCAGCAGCAGCAGCAGCAGCAACAGCCGCAGCAGCAGGGGAGGCAGCAGCAGCCAGAGGGGAGGAAGCUCACUCGGCACUGGCGAUCGUCUUCUUCUCACGCUCUCGAGAUCCCCACCGGCAUACUGCUGGACUCCCCUUCCCCCAUGACCCGUUCCUCCUCCCUUCUGCGGGAGCCUCUCACCCCUUCCCCUUUCAAACGCUCCUCUUUCCUGCGCCAGCCUCUCACCCCUUCCCCCCUGCCGCCGCCUCCUCUGCCGCCUCUCACUCCUCGCCGCUUGCUGCGUGAUAUCUCCUCUUCUCCCUUCUCGUCCGCUGAUUUCUCCUCCUCCUCUCCCUUAUCUUCCCAAGCCGGCAUGGCUGCUGUGCCCAGCAGCACUCGUGGAAUCCAUGCUUCCGCGUCUGCUGAGACGAUUCCAGAUCAAGAGCCAGUUUAUGAGGCGAUUCAAGAGCCUGUGCGGAGAGCCAGGCACAGCCGCUCGCACACCACCAUCGCUGGCGGUUGCUUCGGCGUCAGCUGGUAUGAAAACAGCUCCGGCGUUGGUGCUCCUGAUGCUUCUGGUGGCGUGCAUUCCAGCAUGUUCAGCGGCAGCGGCAGCAGCAGCAGCAGCCGACGAAUGACCCGAACGCCUUCCCUGGGUACCCUGACUCCUCCACCUCUCCUACACGCCUCUCCCUUAACCCCUCUGUCUAGAAUCCCCUCCUCCUCCUCGCCUGGCUCUGCGUAUCCUCCCUUAAAGCCCCCUCCUGGAAUAUCAUCUCCUGCUCACUCUCUUUAUACGACCCCCACUCCUACUGGGAGAGGGGGGAGGUAUGAUUUCCGCCGGUCGGUCUCUGCUCUGACCGAACGGGAGGCUCGGGUUAAAAUGUUUCCCCCGGACCUGCCCGAUACUCCGAAAGAGCGGGCCGGGCUGCCCAAGAUGCCGAAACGACGUUCUGAUCUGCCCAAAACGCCGAAUGGACGUUCGGAUCUGCCCGAGACUCUGAACGGAGGCGUCGACCUGCCCGGAGCCUCAAGGGGACAUGCUGAACCGCCCAAAACGCCCAAAACGCCCAAAACGCCCAAAACGCCCAAAACUCCCAAAACUCCCAAAGCGCCCAAAACGCCCAAAACGCCCACAACGCCCAUAACGCCCAAACCGAGCAGCGAGUUUCCCAAGACGCCCAAAUCACGCAGCGAGUUUCCAAAGACGCCGAAAGCCCGUUCCGAGCUCCCCAAAACCCCGAGGUAUCGAAACGAGCUGGGUUUGAUGACUCCAAGGGGGCGGGCGGAUGUGCCUGUUGACACUCCUAAAGGGAGCAGUGGGCUGGUUCCGAGCUUUCGGUCAGGUUCUGGUGAGGGGAGUGUGCGGAGGGGAGGGACUGGGGUUGCUUUUUGUGGUGGUGGUGGUGGUGCUGCUGCUGCUGCUGGUACUAGUGGCAGUGCUCUGCCUGCUGCUGCUGCUGCUGCUGCAAAUCCAAGGGAAGCAGCUGCGGCUAGUGUCGGCAACACCAGAGCUACACCGAAGCAGGCUGGUGGUGAGAAGAGCGGGAAGAGCGGAAAGAGUGAAGCGAGUGAGAAGAGCGGCAGCAAGAGGGGCAUGCUGACAGCAGUUCUGAAGCUGUUCGGGAAGAGCAGGGGCAAGGACCAGAAAGGCCAGAGCAGUGAGAACAGCGACAAGAGCGAGAAGAGCCCACGGGUCGAGACGGACAAGAGCAAGCAUGUGCCGCAGCCUGUGCUUCAUUCCCGUUCCUUAGCCCCAGCUGCUGCUGCUGCUGGUGCUUCUGCUGCUGCGUCGGGUGCUCCAGUUGGCAGCAAGGCUGCAGGGAGGAGGAUGAAGGGACUGUGCAUCGACGUGAGUGAAGAGGAGGAAGAGGAGGAAGAGGAGGAAGAGGGGGAAGAGGGGGAAGAGGAGGAAGAGGAGGAAGUGGAGGAAGAGGAGGAAGAGGAGGAAGUGGAGGAGCACGACAAGGCUCUGAUUGGUGCUGAUGGGGAGUUUGAGAGUGGUUAUGGCUGUGCUGAUGCUGAUGCUGAUGCUGAUGCUUGUGAUGGCGUUGGCUUUGGCAACGGAGGAGAGGCGGAGUUUGAGCUCUCAAACGGUUUUAUCUCGAGCAUCCACCCUGACAAUGUUUACUGCGACAGCAGCAUCCCUCUCUUCGACAACGACACUGACGUCCUGUCCCGAUUCAAGCGCGCUCUUUCCGACAACACCGAGCGAUCUCGCCACGACGCAACAGCCAGCCCGUUCGGUGCCUCGUAUGUAGCCCCUUAUAGUACCGCUGUCGGGCACUCCAUGGGCGACGCCUCCCCAACGCCACCCCAAGUAGCCUAUGGGAGCCCAGUGAACGCCGCUCCCGUGUAUCCUGGACCGAUGUAUUCCAACAGGGGCCCCAGCAGCGUCUGCAGCAGCAGCAGGAGUGUCCAUAUUAGAGGUGGCAGCAGUGGGGAUGUCAGCAGCAGCAGCAUUGGGUGCAGCGACACCACCAGCAUCAGCAGCCAUGGCAGCAGCAGCAGGAGGUUAUCUCAAGCCAUGACCCCCACACACACGUCCCAACCGCUCCCCUCUCCCUCAUCCAUGCAUCAUCACGUGGAGGGGGACCGGGGAUUGUCCUCUUCAUCCGCGCAUCACAUGUCUCCCACGUCCUUUCGUAGUGACAGCAGGAGCCGCUCUCUGCUGAUGCUACGGCGGGCCUAUGGCUCCUCAAACGAUUUGCUUGAUUCUGACCAGCACCAGCGGGCUUACGGGCACUCAAACGAUGUGCAACUAUCGCAGGAACCACAGGGAUUGGAGGGAUGGGAGGGAUCAGCCCUAGGGCCGCAGAGGGACCAACCCAGGCCGGUGCCCCGGCUCCCUCCCAAGAGCCCCAGGGUCCCCGCUGACCGGUCAGGGCGUAAGGUGACGUCCGUGUCGACAUCUGUGUCGACACCUGUGUCGACUUCUGCGUCGACUUUAAGGGCCCGUCAGAUCCAUUCAGCCGCGUUUGUGGCGAGGCAGAGAGCAAGAGCCGCCUUGGACCAGGCAGCACAGGGACGCGAGCUAACUCGUACCUCCUCUGGUGCCAUCUCUGUUGCUGCAGCGUGGGAUAAUCAGCAGCAGCAGCAGCAGCAGCAGCAGCAGCAGCAGCAGCAGAGAGAGGAGAGAGAAGAGGCGGAGCUACAGCUGAAGCUGCCACAGAAACUGCAGGAGAGCCUUAGACAGGUGGCAGCAGGACAGGUGGCAGCAGGACAGGUGGCAGCAGGACAGGUGGCAGCAGGACAGGUGGCAGCAGGACAGGUGGCAGCAGAACAGGUGAAACAGGCUACGGGGCAGAGAAAACUUGCUGCAUCAGCUGCACAGAAUCAAGAGGACGGGUAUGAGGCACAGACUGGUCGGAUGGAUGACAACGGGCACGAGGUGUUGAGAGGUCGGGUGCAUGACGCCGGGUAUGAGGCGACCAGGGCCAAGGCAGCAGCUCAGCUGGGCCCUCUCAUGUGCCUCACUCCGCCCUGUCCUUCCCCAGUAAACACCUCCCCUUCCCCAGUUAACGCCUCCCCCUCCGCAGUGGACGCCUUCCUUUUGGCACUAGGUUCAACGCCCUCUUCUGCUUCUGCUGGCAGUCCUGCAGACAUAUCUCCAGUUUACGAAGCUCGUAGUAAGCCGGCCACCUCUCUCGGCGGGAGCAGCAACAACGGGUUACCGUGUCAACCGUUGCCUGUGAAGGCUGGGCUUGCUGCUGCUGGUCUUGCAGUGACUGGAGAGCAGUUGGCGUAUCAGCCGUUGCCUGUGAAGGCAGGGUAUGCUCUCGGAUGCAUUCUCGCUGCCUCCCUCGCACUCCAAACCCCAGCUGCCGAUGCUGCUGCUGCCAAUGCCGAUGCUGCUGCUGCUGCUGCUGCUGCUGAUGCUGAUGAUGCAUUAACCACGACAGCUUCCAUCGUAGCAGGAACAGCAGGAAGACAAGCAGCCAGUGAUCAAAAGGAAAAGGAGCUGGAAGAUAGCACUCGGGAGCACCAUAUGGCAGUGGAGCACCAAAUGGCAGUGGAGCAGCAUAUGGGUGUGGAACAGAAAGCACAUGUAUUGAGUCCAUGGGUUGACUCCACCCACACCUUCUCGUCUCAUCCCGGUGACUCCCCUCACCUCCAAAACGGGUUCGCUUAUAAUGAGGACGGCGACGGCGGUUAUGAGGAUGAUUAUUCCUAUAAUGAGAGUGGUGGUGGCAGGGACAGCUACUUUCGUUAUGAGGGUGGUUUCGGUGGAUAUGCUUAUAACGAAGGUGACUGUAACGCAUCCCUUGCUGGCUUUGUGUAUGGAGACGAUCCCUCCCUCAUCGCCCUUGGGGAGGACACUUCCAGUGGGGAUGGCUGUAGCAGCAGGGACGGCUGUAGCAUGAGGGACGGCUGUAGCGUCAGGGAUGGGUACAGCAGCAGGAGCAGAGGAGCCAUGUCCCCUGAAUAUGGCAACACCAGGAGGUCAUUACACCGCAGGAGCACUAGCGUGGUGUCAGAGCGCUCGUUUGGGCGGUCGUUGCUCAGUCGUAAUAGUGUGGGCAGUUCCGCCAUGGUGUGCCAGCGGAUCCUGAGCUCAUGUGACAUCUCCCCUGUGCCCAUCAUCCUCUCGUCACACCUCAGCAUGGGUCAACACUCGACCACGGGUUUGAUCAGACGGUCGGCCACUACUGAAAGACUCGAGGCGUACACCGCAGCAGCAGCAGCAGCAGCGGCAGCAGCGGCAGCAGCGGCAGCAGCAGCGACAGAAGCAGCAGCAGAGGAAACAUCAGUAGCAAACAGUGAUUCCGCUUCUGUUGCUGCUGCAGCAGCCACAGCAGGUAGAGGGGCUCUCUCUCCUGCCCUCUCACCUGCCCCCAAGCUGCCACCAAGAAGAGUAGCACCGCCGCUGGCAGGUGCUUCUCGAAGGUUCCACCGCACCUCCAGCUGCCCUGGCCUCGAGGGCCUGUCGUCCCCUAUGCCAUAUCGCCUUGUGCACAGGCACGUCUUGGGAGAGCAACCAGCAGCAGCAGCAGGCUCAGUAGCUGCAGCAGCAGCAGCAGCGGAAACAGCAGAAGCUGCAGAAGGGGAGGGAGUGGAGAAGGAAGGGGGGGAGUCGUUGGACGCCCGGUUGAGGCGAUGGCAUGAGAGCAUGGGAGGAGCGGACAUGAUGCUCAUGAUGGGAGGGGGGGGAGGUUCCUCUUCCUUCUCCCAGCCACCCACUCCUCAUACUCUACGCGCUCCCUCCUCCCCAUCCUCCCAUCCCCCCUCCGGCCUCUUUCUCCCAGGCCUGCCCCACUGGACCAAGCGCUCGCUGCCGCGCUCCCUGCGCAUCUCCCGCUCCCUGCUCUCCUUUGAGGAACGAGCUCUGCUGGAGCACCACCAGGAGACGGCUCUCCAAGAGUCGGCCCUCCAGGAGACGGCUCUCCAGCACAGCACCACCAACUGCGGGAAUGCAAGCAGCAGCAGUCCCAAGGAGCAGAGCGUGCGGCCGAAGAGCGUGAGGGUCAGGACCGAAGGCACGCUUCUGUCAGCAGCAGCAGCGGCGGUGGCGGCUCCUGUCUCCCCCGGGGAAUCCAUCCGAGCAGCGGUGGCGGUGUAUUCAGCUUCCAGGGAGUUCUGGCGGCCUCCGGCUACCCCCAAGCCAGUGAUGGACUCUCGGAUGAAACACGCCAAGCACUGCCUCCCCCGGUACACACCUGCUGUGCCGCCCCUUGGAAUCCACAAGCUGGCAGAGGGGGCAGCAGGGGGAGGUGGGACUGGGACAAGUGGGUUUGGUGGGUUUGUUGCAUUUGGCGGUGGUGGUAACUGGGGGUUGGGGGCGGGGUGGUGGGGUGGGGGAGAGGGGAACGACGGGGAGGAGGGGAAGGAGGUGGGGAAGGGAGAGGCGGGUUGGCCGGGGUUUGAGGGGUUGGCGGAUGCGGCAUGGGGGAUGGUGUGGGGAGGAGGGGAAAAUGGAGGGGAAAAUGGAGGGGAAAAUGGAGGGGAAAAUGGAGGGGAAAAUGGAGGGGAAAAUGGAGGGGAAAAUGGAGGGGAAAAUGGAGGGGGGAAUUUAAGGGGGGAGAGAGGGGAGGAAGAGAAAGAGGGGGGCUUGGGCGGAACGGUGGAGGCGGGAAGGGAUGCGGGCAGUGGGGAAGCGAUAGAGGAGGAGGGUGAGGCGAGCACGGAUUUGACUCCUGGAGAGCGGAAAGAGAAAGGGUUGAAUGCCGAAAUGGAUACCGGAAUGGAGACCGGAAUGGAGACCGGAAUGGAGACCGGAAUGGAGACCGGAAUGGAGACCGGAAUGGAGACCGGAAUGGAGACCGGAAUGGAGACCGGAAUGGAGACCGGAAUGGAGACCGGAAUGGAGACCGGAAUGGAGACCGGAAUGAAGACCGGAAUGGAUUUUCGAGUGGAUGGGGAAGGUGCUUGGUUGAAUGCAGGAGAGGAGAAAGGCUAAGGGCUAAGGGCACGAGAGGGUGAGAACGAAGGAAGCGCUGAGUGUGUAAACGCAGGAGAGUGUCAGAAUAGCUAAGUGAACUCUAGGAAGGCAUACAGGGUGAUAUAGGGGUGUUGGGCUGAGAAUAGCCCAAGUAUCUUUUCAGAAGGCGAAGUCCUUGUUACACAGUGCUUGAUAGCUUAGUGGAAGUCUUGAGUUGAACCCUUGUACUGGUAUGUGAGAACAAUUGAUCGAUUA